AUGCCGAUUGAUAACUCCCCAAAUCAACCCCAAACCUUACUCACACCAGUACUCUUUGAUGGUUUCCAUAACCCCAGCAUCAAGGAGUUGGAAGAACAUCUCAGACACUAUCCUACUGGAUAUAGGUUCUGCCCAACAGAUGUAGAGCUCGUCGGGUAUUACUUGCAGAAAAAGAUAUCAAACCAGCCAGUACUGCCGGUGAGCCCAAUCGUGUCGGCUAACGUAUAUCUCCACAAACCCGAGUUUCUUUCAGAGAUAUUCAAGGAUUAUGGACAAACGGAUUAUUGGUACUUUUUCACUCCAAGAGAUCGAAAGUAUCGAAAUGGAAGUCGUCCAAGUCGAUCAGCCAAUGGUGGAUAUUGGAAGGCCACAGGAGCUGACAAGCCAAUCAUCGACUCCUACGGAAAACUAAUCGGGUUUAAGAAAUCAUUUGUUGAUGUUCUUAUUCAAACAAAUAUUCUUUACACGUACUGCUGGAGGGAUGUGGAUCAUAAUGAAACAUCUAUCCUUGAUGAUUCGGAGAAUAAUGAUCAGACUCCUUCAGGUUUGGAGAAUGCCAUCAAUAUAGAUCCUGAACCAAUGGCAAUUGCCCAUGAUCAAUUCAGUAAUAAUCUACAUGAUCAUCAAUAUCAAGAAGGAGCAUUGGUUGAUCCUGCUGAUCAGAUGGUUCAACCUGCAAUUGACUUUAGGCCUCCAGCUCCUUUGGUGGAUUACACAGAGAAUGUCUUUGAGCCAGUUUGGAACCCUACGUAUCCUGGUUCUGAAAACUUCAAAUAUUUGCAAGAUUUGGAUUUCGAUUACACUGAUACAUUGUUUGCGGAUAAUUCGCAGCUUCCUGAUGAUCAGAAUAACCAACCAUUCAAAAGACCCAAAUUGUACAUUUGA